UAAAGGAAAGACAUUAGGCGGUACUUAAAUUCGUCAGAAAGGCAUUACAUAUGGAGGAAUAUCUAAUUAGCCUACAGGGAGGAACAGCAAAACAAUUGGUCUCAGCAUGCCGUAUCAUUCCACAAUCCCGUGAACAAAAUGUUUGAUAAAAAGCAAUGGUGUGAGAAGAUUCAAACAGAGAUAGUAAGCAGUGAAUUGCCAGAAGAAGCCAAUAAACUUAAAUCAGUGGUCGCUAGUGUUCAAGGAAUGGAAAGUAUGAAUGACAAGUCACCAACAAAGCAAGAAAAGGGGAACAAAAGUGAAAUAUCUCCACCAGCCACACAAGGGAAAUGUACUGACACUAAAGGACAGAAAUUACUGAGUAAGAAUGAUCGCAAAAACUCAUGUGGGACAGAGACUAAUUCGCAGGAAUAUGAACCUACAGAAAGUGACACAGUAAAGCCAGGGGAGAGAAAGACUGGUGAAAAAGACAAAGCUUUGCCUAAAGAUUCUAAAAAACCACCUACAGAAAGAGAAAUAGGUAAUAAAUCUAUUGAAGUGGAGGAAAGAACAAAGAAGCAAGCAUUUGAUCUGUUAAAAUGGAAAAAUAGUCCACCUACACAAGUCAAAGAGAAAAAGAAGAGAGUCAAGAAAAAAGAAGUGAAGCAGUCACGACAAAGUGAGGUGUCUGAGUAUUUUCCUGUUAGGAGAAGUGAUCGCAAAAGCAAAUCAGUUCUACAGAGUGAAAAACAAAAAGCUUUGGAGGAGGCCCUGUUAUCAGGCAAAGAGGAAGGUCUAGAGGUACAAGAAGUUGAGGGUAAAGGCAGAGGUGUGUUUGCCAAAAGAAACUUUGCAAGAGGACAAUUUGUGUGUGAAUAUGCUGGUGAACUUAUUAGUUAUGAAGCUGCAAAGGAACGAGAGAAGUUCUAUGAAGGAAAGACAGAAUUUGGAUGUUACAUGUAUUAUUUUAACUUCAAGGACAAAAAGUACUGUGUUGAUGCUACGAAAGAAAGUGGAAGAUUGGGCCGGCUUUUGAAUCACAGCAGAAUGGAAGCCAAUUGUGUAACAAGGCUGGUGUCAAUCAAAGACAGACCUCACCUAAUACUGGAAACAAACAGAGAUGUCAAAGCGGGAGAAGAGCUUCUCUACGAUUAUGGAGAAAGAAGCAAAGCCGUCCUUCAAUUUCAUCAAUGGUUAAAGAGCUAGUACAGAUAUUCUGAAUGCUGGGUACCCAGUCACUUUGCAAAUAACCAACUUGACAAAACCAUUGGUCAAGUUGCCCCCUUGCUUACCCUAGCACUUCUUGUUUUUGUUUUUUUUUUAUGGCAGAGUAACAAUGCUACAAUACAUCAUGAGAACUUACAUUACAUUACAUCAAACUGUACAAUUUUUGGUAAGCUAUAUAUGUUAUGAAAUGAGAGGUUAAGUAUUUUUGAUUAGGAACAUUUGUUAAAAAGAAGUGUAGAGGAACAUACCCAUAAUAUAUUUUAAACCGAAAUAAACAUUCUGACAGUAAGACUUCCUCAAAUGUGCUGAGGGGGAAUUGACCAGUAGUGUCAGCAAGUUGACUAAUAGUGUCGGCAAGUUGACAUGUCAGCUAUGUGACAGAUAACCCUUAAGGGUCAGAUGACUGAAGAACUGACUCAAAUUCUGUGGUGGGAGCAGCUUACAGCUACGAAUGAACUUGAUAUCAGUUACCACCUUUUUAACAGAUUGUCAGACUGGAGUACAUGUGAAGUAUGCUCACUCUCUUGAAGUUUCUCAUUUACAACUCUGAGAAGCAGCAACAGAGGUCUUGUUAUGAUCAUAAUUUCUGUGAAAUUGUUUAAAAAUGAUUGUAUCGAAUUUACUUCAUUUGUGAUAAUUUUUGUUUUUGAAAGAACUUUUUUUGCAUCAUCAAAUUAAAGGGGAUGACCUCUUAAGGUUUAAAAAUGGAAAAAGUGUAGUCAGGAGAUGUCAUGAGUUUUGUUUCAAAAAUAACAACAGUCAGAGGCAACCAAUUUCUAUAAAACCUCUUAAGGUUUCUUUGUCCAUUAUUUGCAGCACAAAUUUAUCACUUGCCCCUUUCAAAUUUGUACACACCUAUUCAUGUACAGCA